AUUUUUCAAUUUACCAUCUCGGACAGACUACGAGCAUUCCCACACGAUUAACAAGAAGCACACCUCAUGCCUCUCUCCGAUCUCGUCCACGACCAUCUCCUCUUGCAGGACGACGUUGCGUCGCUCAAGGCGGCGCAGGUCAGCGAUCUCAAGCAAGCGCGCGUGCACUCGAGCGCCAAGAACGUAGCCUACUAUGGCAGCAGUCCGUUUACGGUCUACACACUCAUCGCGACGUGUCCGGGCACCAAGGCGUGGUGGGUCCUCAAGAAGCGCUACUCGCAGUUCUUCUCGCUCCGGAAGCGGCUGCUGCACCUCGCGGCGACCGCGCCGCCCGCCAUCCAGACGCUCCUCGCGCCGAUCGCCGACGCCGACUUUCCCAAGAAGCACCUCCUCGUGAGUGUCAACAACAAGGCGAUCAUCAACGAGCGCAAAGCGACGCUGCAGCGCUUUACAGCCACGCUCAUUGGCCUCCGCGCCGGCUGCGUCUUGGCGACGCUCGAGCACGCGGCCGAUGAUGUCGUGCAAGGCGUGCUCGACACGCUCUACGACCUCCUCCAAGACUUUCUCGAAGUACCGCACCACGAAAACGACGGUCUGCAAAAGCACAGCGACGCCAGCGACGACGACGACGGCGCGUCGACGAGCCUCUCGUCCCCGGACGAAGCGGCGUCCCCCAAUGCCACAAGAUUGGCGCCUCCAGCCGAAGACGACACCACGGUGACGGCCGAGGGGAGCACGAUCUGCACCAUUUGCCUCUGCGAGCUCUCGACCAACGACGACGAGCAGGCGCCAGCCAAGAAGGUGCGUUUUGAAGUCGAGAACGACGUCGACGAGGACGCGGUGCUCGCGUUGCCGUGCGGCCACAAGUUCCACGAAGAGUGCGUCAUGUACUGGGUCGAGCAAAAGAACUCGUGCCCGGUCUGUCACACCGACGCCUUUGACGGCACCGUGCUCUAAGUGCCACUUCUUCUGUUUCUGCGUGCUCGAUGGAAAGUACGCACACGACCAUCGACUAUUAUAACUAUCUGUACAUUAUAUAAUACUAAACUAUCAUUUAUGAAUUCGCA